AUGAUAAACAACGGCGAAAAGAGCGUACAAAGUUACAAGGAAGCAACCAUGACAGACGAAAUGGAAAGAGAGCUUGACCGUAUCCUCGAAGAGGAUGACGCACGAGACAGUAAGCUGAAUGAGGUCCAGCAACAGCUGGCACAGCUGCAAGCUCAGGUCGUACUGCUAACCCAACAGCAAAAUCGCGACGAGACACUGGCAGAAGGGUACUGCCACUUAGAAAACCGCUUAGGUUUUGAAGCCCAGGCAAGUGGACAAAGACAUGCUUUGCAGGUUCCAUCGACUCAUGCUGACACGGAACAUGCGAUGGAGUGCGGCGAGACCCAGCAAGCCGACUUCCGCAGAACUUUUACGCUGCUAAACGCCAACGAUGUGCAGCCAGCAACAAGCCUGCAGCCGAUCGAGUUCGACGCGGUAAGCGCGGCGGAAGGUAGGCGCUUGUCUAUGCAAUGUGACUUGUCGAAAGCUAGACAAUACAGUCACCAGAACGUAUUUCAGAGCAACGCUGUCGGGAACGAGCCACAGCAAGCCACGGAUUCACCUCACGCCAGCCAAGGACAACUCCCUAAGAGGUUUGUCUCCAACCUCUUUGACGAUGCGAGUUCGCACAUUGAUACCGGGGUUGGGACAAUCUUAGCGGCGAUGGCACUUCCGGAGGUUAAGAUCUUUGAUAACCCAGACGGUAAAGGAUUUACGGAAUUUGUUAAGUCCUUUUCGAUGAAAUAUGGUAGGAUCGGCCUCCCGGAUGACUUAUUGAUUCAUCUGAUGAGCGAAAAGCUGGAAGGGCAUCCAAAAGCAGAAGAGGUCAGACAAGGGCGAUUUGCUGAUGUUGUGGCUGCGCUCACUGCAAAGUUUGCUGAGAACACUUCUGCUAAACGUAUGGAAUCGCACGUUAAGCUGAAACAGCUCAGGAUGACGAAGUCAGUCACUGAGUACUGUGUUCAACUGGAAAAUUUAACACGGACAGCAAAUCCCAGUGCCUCUGAAACUGACUUAUCUAUGCAGAGAGCGAGUGAACUGAUUUCUCAGCUCACUAAAUGGCCUGAGUAUUUUCAACUUUUCGCCGUCAUGGAAUCUGCAGCUCCCCUGAGGUUUAUGAGAAGCUCAAAGACCUUGCGCAAGGGAUUGAAAGAAGCAAGACGGUCGCAGAAGCGAUGA